UGACAGUAAUGUGGAAGGUUGCCUUGAAACUCUCAACGAUCUCUCUCAACGUUUAACAGAAUGUGCAGAAUUAGCUGCUGAAUAUCGAAAUCACCAAAAAGGAUUUAAGGUGGAAAUGACAAAAUUCGAUUUUUUGGACCACGCAACAAACGAAGUGAAACUACGAAUUCUCCUCUGGGAAAGUGUGAUAAAUUGGACGAAAACCCUAGAAGACUGGUACCAAAUCAACUUCAAUAAAUUAAACGUCGAGGAAAUAACAAAUUUCACAACUAGAAAUUUAAAAAAUAUCAUUCAAUUCGAAAAAGGAUUGCCCGUGAAUAAUGUCUUGCCAAAUUUUAAAGAAAAAGUCGAAUUAUUUAAGGAGAAACUCUCAAUUAUUGGCCACUUGAGAAAUCCAAAUCUACAAUCACGCCAUUGGAUGAAAAUUGAAGAUUUAUUGAAUUUUAAAUUCAAAUUCGAUGAAUCAUUGAAUUUGGCAUUAAUCGAGAGUCUUGGAAUUUUUAAUUAUCCAAAUGAACUAUUGGAAAUUGCGUCGUGUGCAAGUUCAGAGGCUGCAUUGGAAGUGAUGUUGAAAAAAGUUGAAGACACAUGGAGAACAUUGGAAUUUAUUGUUUUACCCUAUAAGGAAAUUAAGGAUGUCAAUUAUCUUGGAUCAAUUGAGGAAAUUCAAUUGGCUCUCGACGAUAGUAAUAUUAAUAUACAAACAAUUGCCGCUUCGCGACACGUUGCUUCUAUAAAAUCGCAAGUUGAUGAUUGGAUUAUGCAACUGGAUCUUGUCUCCCGAACUUUGGAAGCUUGGCAGUAUUGUCAACAACAGUGGAUGUACUUGGAGGCAAUUUUUUCUGCUCCUGAUAUUAAACGACAACUUCCAAUAGAGGCGAAACUUUUUGCAACAGUUGAUCGAUCCUGGAAGGAAAUUAUGAGAAAAGUAGCAAAGGUGCCUUUAGCCAUGGAAUUUUGCAUUCAGCCAGGAUUAUUGGAACGUUUCAUGGAAAAUAAUAACAAUUUAGACCAAAUUCUUAAAUGCCUAGAAGCUUAUCUCGAAACAAAGCGAAUCGCUUUUCCGAGAUUUUUCUUUCUCUCCAACGACGAACUCUUGGAAAUUUUGGCACAAACGAGAAAUCCACACGCUGUACAGAGACAUUUACAAAAGUGUUUCGAUGCAAUUUAUCGUUUGAAGUUUGCCAUUGCAAAUCAGGAUGGCGAAGAAAAUAGAAAAAAUAUUGUUCUUACGACGGAUAUUGUAGCAAUGUUAUCACCGGAAGGCGAGAGAGUAAUUUUACAGAAAGGAUUAAAAGCCAGAGGAAAUGUGGAGGAUUGGCUUGGAAAUGUGGAGCAAGCUAUGUUCGCGGCACUCAAGAGGGAAAUGAAGAAAGGAAUCAUUUAUCUCGAGGAGAAAGGAAGACGAAUAUUUAUCGAAUCUUUUCCGUCUCAGAAUGUCCUGACAGUUUCACAAAUAUUCUGGGCUCGAGACGUUCACGCUAUUUUGGACUCUGGCGACUUGAAUGCGAUGAAAACUUUCGAAAAUAAAUGCUUCGCAGAUUUAAACGAAUUGGCUGGCCUUGUGAGAGGAGAAUUACCGAAAUUAAUUCGCGAAGUUAUUAUCAAUCUCAUAACAGUCGAUGUCCACGCGAGAGAUAUUAUUUCAGUCCUAGUGGAGAAUAAAAUUCAAUCCAGUUCAAGUUUCGAUUGGAUGAAGAAUUUGCGCUAUUACUGGGACGAAGAAAUCGACAGUUGUCUGGCGAGAAUGAGUAAUGCGGAAUAUCGCUAUGGUUAUGAAUAUCUUGGAGCUCAGAGAAGACUGGUGAUCACUCCCUUAACUGAUAAAUGCUAUUUGUGUCUAAUGGGAGCACUUCAAUUAAAUUUAGGUGGAGCACCUGCAGGUCCGGCUGGAACCGGAAAAACCGAGACGACAAAAGAUCUUGCCAAAGCUUUAGCCAUUCAAUGUGUGGUAUUCAAUUGUUCCGAAGGUUUAGACUAUCGGAUGAUGGGAAGAUUUUUCUCCGGUCUGGCAACUUCGGGUGCUUGGUGCUGCUUUGAUGAAUUUAAUCGAAUCGACAUUGAGGUCCUCUCUGUAAUUGCCCAACAAUUAAUUACCAUCAGAAAUGCUAAAAUUAUUCGCGCCAAUGAAUUUAUUUUUGAGGGUCGAAUGAUUAAAUUGGUGAUGUCCUGCGCAACUUUUAUCACAAUGAAUCCUGGCUAUGCUGGACGCACGGAAUUGCCGGAUAAUUUAAAAUCACUUUUCAGACCAUUCUCCAUGAUGGUUCCUGAUUACAAACUCAUCGCUGAAGUAACGUUAUAUUCGGAGGGUUUCGAAUCAUCAAAAUCGUUGUCUACAAAAAUGACACUAAUGUACACAUUGUGCAGCGAACAACUCUCUCAACAAGAUCACUAUGACUUCGGAAUGAGAGCAGUGAAGAGUGUAUUGGUAAUGGCAGGCAGUCUGAAACGAGAAAAUCCCGAAAAAUUGGAAGACGUCGUCUUACUGAGAGCCUUAAGGGACAGCAAUUUACCGAAAUUUUUGUCUGACGAUAAAGAAUUAUUUUUGGGAAUUCUAGGCGAUUUAUUCCCAGGUCUUGUAAUUCCCGACGAAGAUUAUGGCGUUUUUCAAGAAACGGCAGAAAAGAUGAUGAGGGAUGCUGGCUUACAACCGGAAUUGUGUUCCAUUGUUAAGACUAUUCAGUUACAUGAAACAAUGUUAGUUAGACAUGGAGUCAUGUUGGUUGGUCCCACUGGAUCCGGAAAAACGACCGUUCUCCAAACAUUAAAGGAGACUUAUACCCGACUUUAUGAAAUGAAUGUUUCAAAAUCAUAUUAUCAAAAAGUUCACACCUACGUUUUGAAUCCAAAAGCGGUGACAAUUGGCGAAUUGUACGGAUCAGUGGAUACAAUGAGCAAUGAAUGGCACGAUGGUUUAAUUGGAGCAAUUAUUCGCCACGCAUGUUCCUUCACGACUGAGGAGCAUCAGUGGAUCGUUUGCGAUGGUCCCGUUGACGCAAUUUGGAUAGAAAAUAUGAAUACCGUUUUAGAUGAUAAUAAAAUGUUGUGUCUUGCAAAUUCAGAGCGAAUUAAAUUCACACCGUAUGUUCAUAUGCUUUUUGAAGUAAUGGAUCUUUCUCAAGCUUCACCGGCCACUGUCAGUAGAUGCGGAAUGGUGUAUUUUGAUUCUGCUGAUCUCAAAUGGAUGCCCUAUGCAAAAAGUUGGUUGCAAAAAAUUCCCGAGAAUUAUCUUGAUAAUUCUUUACGUCAGGAGAUAAUUUACCUUUUCGAGACUUAUGUCGAUGAUGGAUUUAUAUUUUUAAAAAAGAAUUGUCAUCAAAUUAUAGCACAGGUUGAUAUCGGAAAAGUGAAUAUGCUCUGCUUUUUGAUGGAAAGCAUUAUUUUAGAACCGAAUGCAAUUGAUAGAUCCGCUGACAAGGAAACUGUGAAAACUUUUCUCACCCAGUCAUUUAUUUUCUCAUAUAUUUGGGCAAUUGGUGGAAAUUUAAUUGAUUCAGCGAGAGAAAUUUUUGAAUUAUUUGUGAGAAAUCUAUUCAACGACAAUCCAUAUUCUCGAUUGCCUUCGCAAAGUUUAUGGGAUGUUUACAUAAAUACAAGAAAUCGAAAUUUAGAAUUAUGGAUAAAAUUAAUGCCAUCGUUUUCAUAUGACAAGACGGUGCCAUUUUUUGAAAUUCUCGUUCCAACUGUCGAUACGGUCAGAUUUGGUUAUCUCAUGGAGCAACUUUUGAAUGUCAAUAAAGCAAUUCUUUUCACAGGCGACACUGGUGUUGGAAAAUCAGUAAUUGCCAAAGUCGUACUGCGAACACUUCAACAUUCUGGACUUUGGGUUCCGGUUGUAAUGAACUUCUCGGCUCAAACAAGUAGCGGACGAAUUCAAGAAAUUCUUGAAUUGAAAUUAGAGAAAAAGAAGCGAACAAUGCUGGGCGCGCCUGUGGGAAAACGAAUUUGCAUUUUUAUCGAUGACGUGAAUAUGCCAAAAUUAGAUACCUACGGUUCUCAACCACCAAUUGAAUUAUUGAGACAAUUUCUCGAUUUUGGAGGCAUUUACGAUCGGGAUAAAUUAUUUUGGAAAACAAUGGAAGAUAUUGUAUUGAGUUGCGCCUGUGCACCUCCUGGAGGCGGGAGAAAUCCUCUAACGCCGAGAUUUAUUCGUCAUUUUGGAAUGCUCGCAAUUCCAACGCCUACUGAAGAUUCUCUAAAAGUCAUUUUUAGUUCGAUAAUGAAGGGAUUUCUUCAAGAAUUCUUGCAGCCAAUUAUCGAAAUCGGCGACAAAAUUGUAUCGGCAACGAUUGAAAUUUACAACCGAAUUACUGUCGAUUUGCUUCCAACGCCUGAGAAGAGUCAUUAUAUUUUUAAUUUACGAGACUUAUCAAAAUGCAUUCAAGGAAUACUUCAAGCGGAUCCAUCAAUAAUUAUUGGCAAAUUUAAUUUUGAACAAUUUUUCAGACUCUUUUAUCACGAGUGCUUGAGGGUAUUUCACGAUCGACUGAUAAAUACGGAGGACAAAAAUUAUUUUCAUCAUCUUUUAGGCGAUAUUUGUUCUCGUACAUUUGAAGAAGAAAUAAUUCCACUUCGUGGUGAUGAAGGUGUCACACAGCCUCCGUUAAUUCUAUUCGGCGAUUUUAUGUCCUUUGGAGCUUCAAAAGAGCAGAGAUUUUAUGAAGAGAUCACCGAUUUAAAAAAAGCGACAAAUAUCUUACAAGAUUAUCUGGACGAUUACUGCUUGGUGACAUCGAAGGAGAUGAAUCUGAUAUUUUUCACCGACGCUGUUGAACAUUUAUGCAGAUUGGCGAGAAUUUUGCGUUCGGAAAGAGGAAAUGGCCUUCUCGUUGGAGUUGGUGGAAUGGGAAAACAAAGUUUAACUAAAUUAGCGUCACAUUUAAAUGGCUAUAGAUGCAUGCAAAUUGAAGUGACACGUGGCUACGACAUGAAUUCAUGGCACGAAGAUCUUCGACGUUUCUACUUUAAACCAGGAGCGUUUGCCGAAGAUGUAACAUUUCUCUUCACUGACACACAAAUUGUUCUUGAGGAAUUUUUAGAAGACAUAAACAACACUUUAAAUUCCGGAGAAGUGCCAAAUUUAUUUGAAGCCGACGAAUUGGAAAAGGCAAUAAUCGCCACAAGACUGGCUGCGAAAGAAGCUGGAAUUCACGAAUCCGAUCGAGACGGAAUUUACAAUUAUUUCAUCGGUAGAGUUAGAAAUCAUCUUCAUUUGAUGCUCUGCAUGAGCCCCGUAGGAAAUACUUUUAGACAUCGCUGUCGAAUGUUUCCAUCGCUAGUUAAUUGUUGUACGAUAGAUUGGUUUACAAAAUGGCCUAACGAAGCACUCCUCUCAGUGGCAAAGAAAAUAAUCGAACCAAUUGCCGAGCAUGAUGAGAAUAAAUUAUCCGCUUUAUCUUCAAUUUGUGUUUUAAUGCACGAAAGUGUUGAGGAGAUGACGGUGAAAUUUUACAACGAAAUGCGAAGAAGAUAUUACACCACCCCGAGUAGUUAUUUAGCUUUAUUAAAACUCUUCUUGGCGACUUUGAAGAAAAAAACCAAUGACACUUUGACGCUAAAAAGCAAAAUUGCCAAUGGCUUGAACAAAUUAAAAGAAACAAACGAAACAAUUGCAAUGAUGAAGGAGCAAUUGAUCAUUCUUGCCCCACAAUUGAAGACAAGUUCAGAGGAAGUUUCGAAAUUAAUGCAAAUUCUCGCAAAGCAACAGAUAGAACUCGAUAAAGUUAAAAUCACUGUCACUGCUGAUGAAGCAAUUGUCAAGGUGAAAGCGGAAGAAACAGGCGCCCUGGAAAUUGAAGCCAGAAAAGAUUUAGAAGCAGCAAUGCCAGCAUUGGAGGAAGCGCAAAAAGCCCUUGAAUCAUUGAAUAAAAAUGAUAUCAAUGAAAUUAAAGUUUUCAAUAGUCCUCCCCCUCUCGUUCGAUACGUGAUGGAAGCCGUUAAUUUGCUAUUGGGAGAAAAAUUGGAUUGGACAACAGCGCGAGUCGUUCUUGGCGAUUUACAUUUUUUGGAUCGAUUAAUUCAAUAUCCAAAAGAUGAAAUUAAUGAUAAACUUCUGAAGAAAUUGCAGGACUAUAUAAACAAUCCGAACUUUUUGCCUCAUCUUGUUGCAAAACAGAGCAAAGUUUGUAAAUCAAUUUGCAUUUGGGUUCGUGCCAUUGACGGUUAUGCGAAAUUGUUUAGAAUUGUGCAUCCAAAACGUCUCAAAUUAUACGCAGCGGAAAAAGAAUUGCGCGCAAUUAUGGACGUUUUGGAACAAAAGCAACAACAAUUACGAGAAGUGGAGAAUAAAAUAAAUAAAUUACGACGAGAGUACAAGGAAGCUGUUGAUAAUUUAACAUCUUUGGAAUAUAAUAUCGAAUUGAGCGAAACUCGACUAAAUAGAUCGGGAAGAUUAACUUCCGCUCUGGCCGAUGAAGAAAUUCGCUGGCAAGAAAAUAUGAAAAAUUUCGAUAGGCAGAUGGAAAAUUUUAUUGGCGACAGUUUAGUGGCCGCUGGAGCAUUGGCAUAUCUCGGGGCAUUCACCAGUGAAUACAGAAGGGAAUUACUAACCAAAUGGUUGAAAAAUUGCAAUGAGAAAAAAAUACCGAUAACAGAGAAUUUUAAUCUAAUUAAUGUUCUAAUUGAUCCCUACGAAAUUCGCCUCUGGAAUAGUUUUGGUUUGCCUCGCGAUCAAGUGAGCACGGAGAAUGCAAUUUUCGUCACUCAAGCUGAAAAGUGGUCACUAAUGAUUGAUCCACAAGAACAGGCAAAUCGUUGGAUACGAAAUAUGGAACAGGAGAAUAAGUUAAAAAUUUGUAAGCUAACAGAUGGAAAUUUAAUGAGAAUUAUGGAGUCGUGCAUUAGAAUUGGUUCGCCAAUUUUGCUUGAGGAUGUCGGUGAAACUUUGGAUCCCAGUUUGGAACCAGUUCUUCUGAAGCAAACUUUUCUUCAAGGAGGAAGAAAAGUGAUACGACUAGGAGAGAGCGAUAUUGAAUACGAUGACAAUUUUCGAUUUUACAUUACUACAAAAAUGUCCAAUCCUCAUUAUUUGCCGGAGAUUUGCAUUAAAGUCACAAUUGUUAAUUUCACCGUAACGCCAUCGGGACUAGAAGAACAACUUCUUGCGGACGUGGUUCGUUUGGAGAAACCAGAAUUGGAAAAAUUGAGAAACGAAUUAAUUGCCAAAAUCAAUGCGGACAAGAAUCAAUUGAAAAAUAUAGAGGAUAAAAUUCUUUCACUUUUAUUUAGUUCUGGUGAUAAUAUUCUUGAUAAUGAAGAAUUAAUCGAGACACUAAAUAAUAGUAAGGAGACGUCUGCGAUAAUUUUUACGAGACUAAUUGAAACUGAAGCGACAGAGGAGAAAAUUUCUGUCACUCGAGAUAAAUAUCGUUCGGUAGCGACUCGUGGUUCUGUUUUGUAUUUCGUCGUUGCCGAUUUGGCCGAAAUUGAUCCCAUGUAUCAAUAUUCCCUGAAAUAUUUUAAUCAAAUAUUCAACAAUGUCAUUGAGAUGAGCGAAAAAAGUGAAAAUCUCGAAAUUCGCCUAAAAACAUUAUACGACGAAAUUACUUUAGCAAUUUACACAAAUGUAUCACGUGGAUUAUUCGAACGGCAUAAACUUGUUUUCAGUCUCAUGCUAAAUAUAGCGAUUUUUUUAAAUUUGCGAAUUAUUACUUACUCUCAAUGGGAUUUCUUACUGCGCGGCGCUGGACAAUUUAAAAUCUCCGAGAAACCGGAUUAUUCAACUUUGACUGAAACAAUGUGGAUCUCGGCGAAUUUUCUAGCGAGUCAUUUUAAAUCAUUUGAAAAUAUCAUGACUGACGUGUUCAGCAGAAUUUAUUUGUCCAUCGAAUAUUUUCAAGAGGAAAUAAAUAUAAUUCCUGAGAACAAGAAAAAAGCCAAAUUCGACUGGAAUAAAAUACUGACCGACAUUGAAAAAUUAAUGCUCCUAAAAGCUCUGAAAGAAGAAAAAUUAAUUUUCGCACUAACUGCGUACGUGAAGAAAAAUCUCGGACAAAAAUUCGUCGAAUCGCCGAUAAUUUCUCUCGAAUCACUAUAUUCGGAUACAUCGAAAAAAAUACCGUUGGUAUUUAUUUUAAACACCGGAUCGGAUCCUUUCAGUGCAUUCCAAAAAUUCGCAACAAAAAUGGGAUUUGGCGACAAAUAUCAAUCGAUAUCAUUAGGUCAGGGCCAAGGACCAAUAGCGGAGAAUCUUUUACGAAAGGGAAAAGACAAUGGAAGUUGGGUGUUUUUGCAAAAUUGUCAUUUAGCCACUUCCUGGAUGAAUAAUAUGGAAAAAUUAAUUAUCGAAAUGAUUCAAGAAUCAAAAGACGUUGAUGAUAAUUUCCGCCUCUUCUUGAGUUCAAUGCCAAAUAAAGGAUUUCCCAUAUCGGUCCUUCAAAAUUCUGUUAAGGUCACCAAUGAGCCGCCCAAGGGUCUCAAAGCGAAUAUCAAACGUGCUUUCUUCGAUCUCAAUGAGGAUUUCUUCGAGAACAAUAUUUUGGAACUAAACUGGAGGAAAAUGAUAUUUGGAAUUUGCUUCUUCCAUGCAAUUAUUCAGGAGAGGAAAAAAUUUGGACCACUCGGCUGGAAUAUUAAUUAUGAAUUCAAUAAUAAUGACAGAGAAUGUUGUCUUUUAAAUUUAAAAAUGUUUUGUAAAGAAGAAACAAUUUCGUGGACUGCCCUGACAUACAUUACUGGAGAAAUCACUUAUGGCGGGAGAAUAACUGACAAUUGGGAUUUGCGCUGUUUAAAAACGAUUCUCAACGAAUUUUUCUCACCAAAAACGUUGGAAGCGAAUUACGUCUAUUCUACAUCCGGAACUUAUUUUUGUCCGAAUUUAAUUACUCUUCACGAAUACAGAGAAUUUAUAGAAGAUUUUCCAAUUAUUGAAGAUCCGGAAAUUUUCGGAAUGCAUGAGAAUGCAAAUAUAACAUUUCAGUUGAAAGAAACGAAAAUUGUAUUGAAUACAAUAAUGGACGUGCAAGCAAAGGAAGAUAAUAUCGAUAAUGAAAAAUCGACAUCUGGUACUGCUUACGAACUGGCGAGAAUAAUUAUGGAAAGAAUUAUUCUUAAAAUUGACCCAGACAAUUGUCAUUCAAAUCAUUUAGAAAAAGAUUUUGCUGGUCGUCUCCCGUCUCUUACGACAGUUUUACUUCACGAGGUGGAUCGUUAUAAUAAACUCUUAAGAAAAAUACACUCGUCAAUGGAAAAUUUACAACGAGCCAUUAAAGGUUUUGUCGUUAUGUCAGCCGAACUGGAAGCAGUCUUCAAUGCUCUAAUCAAUAAUCAAGUACCGGAAAUAUGGCACAAAGUAAAUGUCUAUCCUUCGUUGAAAACUUUGGGUUCCUGGAUUCGAGAUCUAGAACUUCGAAUUGACUUUAUUCAGGUCUGGUUGAAAAAUUCAAAACCAAUUUCCUUCUGGAUAUCGGGAUUGUCAUUUCCCCAGGGAUUUAUAACAGGAGUUCUGCAAACUUACGCGAGAAAAUAUAACAUUCCAAUUGAUCAUUUGAAACUUGAUUUUAAAGCGACAAAUAUUCUUUUGCUUCAAGAAGAAAUAGAAGCAGUUCACAAGAGGGAAAAUAAAGAAAUUUCGUUCGCUUAUAAAAAUCUUGAAAAACCAUCGGACGGAGUUUUUAUUCACGGACUCUUCAUAGACGCCGGUCGAUGGGAUUUUCAGUCUAUGAUUCUGGUCGACGAAAAUAAAGGAGAGAUGAAUCCUUUACUUCCUGUUUUACACAUUCAACCAGUCUUAUCAUUGCCGGCGAAUGAUUCCAGAUAUAUUUGUCCUCUUUACAAGACGAGUAUUCGAGCUGGAGUUUUAUCGACAACUGGACACAGUACAAAUUUCGUUCUCGCAAUUCUUUUACCCUCAAUUCAAAAACAAUCAUAUUGGAUACUCAAAGGAACUGCUCUUUUAAUUCAAGUAACGGAUUAAUGAUCCAAAAAAUAAAUACCAUCAAUUGUAUAAAGUAAUAAAAUAUUCUCUAUAUUAAUUCUCAUCAAAAAAAUUCACACACUCGGUACAAAAUUAUUAGUUAACUAUUAAUUUUCCUAGCGAAUAGUUAAAUACUUUUAAUUGCAUAUUUUUGUUAAUUAAUUAAUCAGAUUCAGCGUAAUAUUAAUUUAAAUAUUCAAAUAUAGCGCAAUUUUGUUAUUAAUAUUUUUUAAAUAAUUAUUUUAGAUUCAGCGUAAUACUAUUUAGUGUAACACUAAUUAUUCAGAUUGAGCGAAUUAUUAAUUAUUCAGAUUCAGCGUAAUAUUAAUUAUUCGGCGUAAAAUUAAUUAAAUACUAUUAACUAGAUUGUUUUUUUUUAAAUCUUCUUAAGAUUAGAAAAUAAAUAAUUCAAUGGCAAGUGUUAAAGAGUGAAGCGUGAAUGAAUACUGAAAG